AUGACAGCUAUUUUCCUGAUGUCCGUGCUUCUUGGCCUUGUCUGUGGGCAAGUGAUGUCUUUCUGCAUUCCAACUGAGUAUGUGAUGCACGUUGAGAGGCAGGAGUGUGCUUCCUGUCUGAGCAUCAAUACCACCAUCUGCGCUGGGUAUUGCAUGACACGGGAUAUCAACGGCAAGCUGUUUCUUCCCAAAUAUGCUCUGUCCCAGGAUGUUUGUACAUAUAGAGAUUUCAUGUACAAGACUGUAGAAAUACCUGGGUGUCCACACCAUGUUCCCCCUUAUUUCUCCUACCCUGUAGCUGUGAGCUGUAAGUGUGGCAAGUGUAAUACUGACUAUAGUGAUUGUAUUCACGAGGCCAUCAAGACAAACUACUGUACCAAGCCUCAGAAGUCCUACAUGGUGGAAUUCUCUAUCUAA